UGUUACAGUGGCAGGGGAGGGAGGACGGGAACGCGGAGGUAGUGGGCGACCCGCGCGCCUCUGCGCCCGCGUGCUUGCGGGUCUACGAGGGAACGUGGAGGAGGUGGCGGCUGCGAGCCUUGCCGCCGCCGCUGCUGCUGCAAGUCCCCCUCGGCAGGCUUCCCUCCUCCCUCACGAGCGAAGCGUCCUCCCCGUGCCCGCCCUCUCCUUCCUCCAGGAGUGAGCGAACGUGUGAGCAGCGAUGGCGGCCGCCGGAGCUCUGACCAAGCACGAUCAGAUCCUGGUGCUCGAUCCGCCCACCGACCUAAAAUUCAAAGGUCCUUUCACAGAUGUAGUCACUACAAAUCUUAAACUACGAAAUCCAUCAGACAGAAAAGUAUGCUUUAAGGUAAAGACUACAGCACCUCGUCGAUACUGUGUGCGGCCAAAUAGUGGAAUUAUUGACCCAGGAACUUCAGUAACUGUAUCAGUUAUGUUACAGCCUUUUGACUAUGAUCCAAAUGAGAAGAGUAAACAUAAGUUUAUGGUACAGACGAUCUUUGCCCCUCCAAACAUUACAGAUAUGGAAGCAGUGUGGAAGGAUGCAAAAUCUGAGGAAUUAAUGGACUCCAAAUUGAGAUGCGUAUUUGAAAUGCCUAAUGAAAAUGAUAAGCUGCAGAAUGGGGUUGCAGACUCUAAUCCUUUAGCCGUUGGUUUAGUCACUCCCUUAAGUCCUGCAAUGAGAGAUCUCCUGAGUGCUGAGGGUAUGUCUCACCUGCCAUCUCAGGCUUUACCUUUAUCAGGAUCUGUAUACAUAACUCCAGCCAACAGCAACUUCCUUCAGAAGCCUGCAAAUUAUAUCCAGAAGGUUGACAUGAUGGAACCAGGCAGUGAGGUCAAACACAAGAUGGAUCAGAAUGAAAUAGAAACGAGUAAAUCUGCUCCAAUACUGAAUACAACAAAACAAGAUGGUCUGGUGCCAAAAUCACAUAGUGUUUCGCUUAAUGACACUGAAACAAGGAAGCUAGUGGAAGAAUGCAAAAGACUUCAGGCAGAUGUGGUGAAACUAUCAGAGGAAAAUAGACAUCUGAGAGAUGAAGGCUUGAGGCUGAGAAAGGUGGCCCACUCAGAUAAACCUGGACCGUCAGGCUUGGCCCUCCGAGAUAAUGGCUUCAACCCUCUUCCCUCACUCCUUGUUGUAAUUGCAGCCAUUUUCAUUGGAUUCUUUUUAGGGAAAUUCAUCUUGUAGAAAGGGAGAGAGAAGAGAGAAGCAUGCAGAAUGCAGCUUCCUUUUUUUUUUCUUGGCCAGAAAAAAUUAUUUACCUACCACUUCAUUGGUAGUAUGGCCAAAGUGACCAUUUUUGUGUACAGCAUCAUACAGGCUUUGCCUCUAAUGAUCUUGCACGGUUAGACAACAUGAUAAAAAGACAAACUGUUCGGCUGCUGGACAAAAUUGUAUAUUAAUUCAUUAAUAGCAGGUGUCAGUUGCACAUUCAGUCCUUUAUGAAAAGUCAUAAAUAAAAAAAUGUUCUUUCUUUUUGUGGUUUUAAUAAGAGUUAAAAUUGUUCAAAGUCUUGUAAAUGUUAUUUUAAUAAUCCUUUUCAAAUUUUAUCUGUUAUUCUUGCCUCUUGGAAAGAAUGAUUAUUAGAAUGGUAAUUCGCUCAUUCAGGAAAAUGAUGAGGCAUUCUGUGGGGAAAUGUUCCUCUUAGUGUGUACAUUUUCUCCUUCACCUUACUUUGCUAAUAUCAUGGCAAAAUUUCUUACCCUUGUGAGGUGGUUGUGGAAGAAAAAAAUAAUCAUCUUGACAGCCCUGUCCCAUGGUAUUUAACAAAAUAAUAAAACUGUUAACAGACUUUCUGAUGGGUAGCUUGUUUCUGUGAAUUGUUCUUUUAGAAAGAUUUCACAACAUGUGCUAUACACAGCCUGCUUCUUGUCACAGAUUUAUAUUGUUCACUAGUUGUGGCUUGGACUGGUGCCAGUGAAGCUUCAGAAGAAAUGUAGCAGUUUCCAUAUUGUGCAGCAGCAGCUGUAAAAUUACCUGGCUUUUUAGGAAAAUGAAAGGUCAGAAUUCGAUUUGUUUUAGGACAUGGGACACAUACUUUAAAUUUACUUUUUAGAAAUAGUAUUUGGAUGUUCAGGUACUUCUGUUGCAUCACUGAUAAUCCUUUAAAUUUACGGAAUCAAUUGUAUCUUGAUUUUUCAUUCAGACUUAUUAGGCCAAGUGUUCCAUAGAAGAACAUUCCCCGUAAUGUUUCCAAAUAGCCCAAAGUUAAUACUGAUUGAGAAAAUGUUGAUCAUUUAGUUUCAUAAAGAAAUUAAGCUUUGUUCAGCAAAUGUCUUGGCACAGCUGCCUGUUAGCUAUGCAUAUCUUCUGUAUUCUAUAAAAUUCAUUUUAUUUGUUUUAAAUAUCUUUUCUGCACUUAAUCUUGUGGUUUGUUUAAUUUCUGCUCUUCACAUCAUUAAAUAGAUGAUUUUGAAAGCACAAUACAGCUAUUCUAAAGUAAUCCAUCGUAAGGAAGUAUUUGAAAUUGAUAUUUUGGAAGGCUUAUACUUGUAAGCAGAAUUUUGUAUGUUCUUGGAUAUAAUGAAGCUGUGCUAGAUUUUACAUAGCUGAGAACUGUUCUUGGAAAAAUAUACAUCUUGGUUGCCUUUGAUUUUUAAUGCUUUUUUAAAUGGAAGAUCUACUUAUAUCAGGUACCAUCACUAUUCUCUGUGGUAAACUUUUAUAAACAUCUUGCAAUUUACAAAGAAGAUGAUGAACAAACCACUGCCUGAUGUUUCACCUAAAAGCAUGCAAAUACAGACAGUUCAUCUUUGUGUUUUCUGGUAUCUGCAUUCAAGAGUUCUCUGACUGUGGUGACUUGAAGAAGUGUGUUCAUACCUGGUUCUCACUUAAUUGGUUCUAAAAUCAGUACUGUUCAUACUGUAUUGUAUCACUGGUACAUCAGAAGAAAGCAUUUAUUCCUUAAAGGAAGUUGAUCAUGGGAAAGAUUACGAAGACUUACGUACACGCUAUAACUUCUAGAUAUGUUUUGAAAUUUCUGUGGAAGAGGAAAGCUUCAGAGAUAUGUUUGCUAUUAAAGUAAUAGAUACAAGGGUUUGUACUGGCUAAAUACUUUAGAAUUUAUCAGCCUGAACUUAGAAUUGAUUACAGAUAGCGUGAACUGUAUAGAAACAUAGUAUGGGGAGGUACUUGAACCUAGGCAUGAUCUCCUGCCCCCCACCCCCGAAAAGCAUUCCGCAGCCUGUAAUCUGAUGAUCAUAAGUAUAGAAUUAGGGCCUAGUUGGGCCGCUUAGCAGGGCAAAACUUUCAAACACAAAUUCUAUGGAAUGAUUCAUGCGGAAUUUGGGUACAACUAUUAGUGUAAGUACAGGGAGGAACUCCUGCUUAUGUGGAUGUGCUUCUAGUUUCUAAUAAUCCUUUCAUAACUGUAUAAAAUGUAAUGCUGAACUAUUUCACUCUCAGGAGUGAUUUUGGAUGAUAUCAACUGUAUUUAGUGAAAUUAUGUAAUAUGGAUUAAAUUGUCUGUUCCUGAAAUGGUUAGAACUUUGCCUGCUUGCUUGUGUACAUCAAUGUGAGGAACAUUUGUUCUUGUUAAUAAGUGCUUCCAUCUGAAAAUGAAGUCUGUUCACAACAGUAGAUCUCAUGUAUAGUGAAUCAUUGGCUCCUGCAGCUUGCGUGAUGCAAGCCUUAUAUUUAAGGUUGACGACUUUGCUUCUGGCAAGAAA